AUGGUGGAGAAACUUGGCAUAGAAUCAAGCAAAACUGAUGAAAUGACUAACCUCCUUUACAGUAACUAUGGAACUACUAUUGCUGGUCUAAGGGCAAUUGGAUAUGACUUUGAUUAUGAAGAAUAUUACAGGCACUGUUGCUUCUUUCUUUUUCCCCAUCACUUUCAAAUGGCUAACGAUUUUGUUCAUGGGAAAUUACCUUAUGAGAACUUGAAGCCAGAUCCAGUUCUGAGGAAUCUUCUGCUGAGCCUUCCCCAUAAGAAGCUUAUCUUCACAAAUUCAGACAAAGUCCACACCAUUAAGACACUUGAAAGACUUGGAUUGGAAGACUGCUUUGAAGGAAUCACAUGCUUUGAGACCCUCAAUCCUAUCAACAAUGGCACUGUUUGUGAUGACCAAGAGAACAUAGAGGCUGCAACUUCAAGGGCCACUAAUCCAACACCCAAAAUUGGUCUAAAAAUCUCUGAAAUCUUUGACAUUAUACAACACUUUGCUCAACCUGAUCCCACUACAGUCCUUCCAACGACACCAAUUAUCUGCAAACCAUCAGAACAUGCCAUUGAAUUGGCCCUCAAGAUAGCCAACCUUAACCCACAAACAACAUUGUUCUUCGAGGAUAGUGUCCGCAACAUACAAGCUGGAAAACGCGUGGGUCUUCAUACUGUGCUGGUUGGUAAGUCCUACAGAGUAAAAGGUGCUGAUUAUGCCAUGGAAAGCAUUCACAACCUUAGGGAGGCAGUGCCUGAACUAUGGGAGACUGACAUAAAAGCACAUGUUAUUGCAUGCCCUGGAACUCAGAAGCUUGCAGUGGAGACAUCAGUUAUGGCUUGA